UACAAUUUUUCAGUUUAGGAAGUGUCACAAUAAGUUUUUCAUGGAAUUUUUUGUGCAUUUCUUUUCGCAAUUUUAUCCAUGAAAUGAAUCCGUCGUCGGCGAGAGCAGAGGAGAUUCGUGCCGAGGCGAAAAAUUGGUCCCUCGCAGGAGACUCAAAACUUCUGGAUUACAUGAAGGAUAUCUCCCGAAAUCUGGAAGUGAGAUGUCGAGAGACAGAACUUAGGAUCAACCAAAUGUACCUAAGUGGUGAGGAAGUGAAUGUGCAAUUGGGGAAUGUAACAAAUCGUCUCCUGGCACUGCAGCAUACUCAGUUUGUAGAAAAUCGUGUGCAGGAGGAUGAGGAUGUGCCCGGAACCACUGAGAAAAAGACUGAAAGAGAUCCGGAACCACGUCAAUUGUCGCCAAUGUCCUCCAUCAAGAGUAUUUUGGCAGAAUCUGUAGCAUGUCUCAACAAGUGCUAUGAGAAAAUUGAGGUACAACUCGAUGAGGAUAGCGAUGAUGACGAUGAACCUGGGAAAAGUGUAGUGUUUCGUCCCAGAGAUCCAUUUGCUCACCGACCAUUGCCAUUCCUCAUCGGAUCGAAGGAAUUCAAGGAGAAGUGGCACGUGGGACUUGUGGAUUCGGAAUCUGACACUGAAAAUGAAGCAGAAGAUCAGUACUCAGAGUCUGGCUCAGAAUCCGGACACUCUGUCUCACUGCGGAGUGCUGGUGGGAAUAUAUCAGGGUCAGAAGCUGACUCCGUUUGGGGUCUACAAGCUACCAGUAAUGCCUUAGCUCACAAAAGUGCCUCUCAAAUCUCUUUGGAAGAUGAUCGUUUCUCCAAGGUUUCUGAUCAACCGGAGAUCUUUAAUCCAGUUCCUGCCCAGAGAGCUUACUUUCAACCACCUAAGCUCACACCUCGAACUAAUCCUCCGGCGAAUCCUGUUACAAAUCUCUUCUCAAGUUCACCACCAAAAGUGCCAAGUACGUCAAAGGCUCCGGGAUUGUUCGAUGACCUCGUAGGGGAUGACUUUGAUACACCUGCUGCAAAAACUGACUCUAAACCUCCCAGAUUCUUCCGUGAUCAGCCUGAUUCACGGAAAACAGUGAACUUGUUUGAUGAUGAACCUCCUGAAUUUGAAGCUCCACCGAAAUCUUCGAACCAGAAAUCAAAUCAAACGGGACUGUUCCUGGAUUCUGACAAUGAUGAAGACAAGGAUGUUUUUGUGCCUCCAACACGUCCUCAGAAGAAAGAAGUUCCAGUAAUUGCCAAGAAGGUCGAUAUUUCAACAAAUUUGUUCAACGAGGAACCUCCCGUGGAUGAUUUCCAUGAAGUCCUUAAGAAAGCCCCAGUCAAUCUGUUUGAUGACAAUGAUGAUGAAUUUAAUUCCUUUAUGAGUUCCUUGAGCACGUCAACGAAGAAAAACUCCCAAAUAGAAAAGAAGGCUUCGGAAAAUUUAACAAAACCUAAAUUAUCAAAUUUAUUCGAUGAUGAUGAUGAACCAGAUGAUUUCUUUGAUACUCUCCUAAAAGGAUCAAAGUCCAAAGUGAAGCCUCAACCAGCAAAAAGAGAAAUACAGUCUCAGAAAAAAGAUGUGAAAGCUCAGGAUAUGAAAAACGAAGUUCCCAAGGAGGAAGUUAAAAAGGAUGAAUCCAAGGCCGAAGUCAAAAAGGAUGUGUCUAAGGAGGAAGUUGAAAAAGAUGUGCCCAAGGCAGACGUUAAACGUGAAAUUCCCAUGCAAAUAACAAAAACGAACGAAAAACUCCCGACGAAGAGCAAAAAUAUGAGUUUAUUCAAUGAUUCUGAUGAUGAUGAUGAUAUCUUUGCUGGAGCUAAGAAAAAGACUGAAACAACGAAGAAAGAUCAGGAUCAAAAGGAGUCAUUGGAAGACAAAUUGUCAAAGCAUGAAACAGUUAGGUCAAGUGCAGACGAAAAGCCUUCUCCAAGUCAAGACAAUUUUCCAGAGAUUAAAGCCAUGCCUGAGGAAAGCCCAGAAUCAAUUCAAGAAGUACAACGUAAUAAAGAACAGAAAGAGAUUCUCAUUCAGGAUCCUCCGCAAAAGUCUGAUGAGGUGAAGAAUGUCGCAGAUUCCUUUGAGGCCAAACCUCCAGAAGAUUGGCUUGAAGCUUCUCAAAAUUUCCACGCAGGUCCUCCUCCAUUGCCUUCUGAUCCUUCUCCCACGAAUAUAUUUAAUGAACCACCAGUGGAUGAGGAGUUCCCCACUGCGAAGAGAGAAUCAAAAGCUCCUGGACUCUUUGAUGACCUAGAGGAUGAUGAGGAUGAUUUCUUUGUGCCUAAAUCACAGUUGGAGAGACCUCAUAAAUCCACAAAUUUGUUUUUAUUCGAUGAUCUUCCGCCUGAUGAUGAUUUGUUUGUUGAUCGAAAAGUUGUUUCAGAGGUGUUUUACGAUGAUUUUGCCGAGAGUUUUCCACCAGAAGUGAUUUCGGUGAAUGCCACAGGGAAUUCCUAUCUGUUUAAUGAUCAACCACCUGCUGAUGAUUGGCAUGAGGAAAAAGUUAAAUCAGAGAAAAAUUCUUUGUUUUCGACGAGUUCAAGUCAAGAUGAACCUGAUGAGGUAUUUGCCAGUGCGAGGAGUCUAAUAAAGUCUCAUGAAAAUCCAGAGAAUCCUCCGGAAGAGCCAAUAAACAAGCCCAAAAUUGUGCCUAAUAAAUUAAAUAAAACAAUGGCAAUAAAUGUAGCAGCCUUGUUACCUGGAGCCAAGAGGCCAUCUUUCAAGAAUGCCCAAGAGAGUUCUCGAGACAAUCCACCAAAUGAGACUUUAGAUAUUCCACCAGAAAGCCCGAAGGAGAAAGUUGAAGAAGUGUCGAAGAAAUUGGAUGAAAAAAUUGUAGAAGUGACUGAUGAUUCUGGAGGGUUACUGACGAAUCUCAAUAAGAAUCGAGCAAAAAUUCCUCAAAAGAGAAAGCCAUCGACAAGGAGAGGUCGUCAAGAAACUUACAGGAAAUCCUUGAUAGUUGAAAAUGAUGAAAAACAGGAAAACACUCACAAUUCUUUAUUUGAAGAUGAUCCUUCUGAGAAGGAUAACAUUGGAAAACUUGCGUCAGUGGAGGAGUCUGUAAGAAGCAAGAAACUGCCACAAGUGAUCACAGAUGAUCUUUUUAGUGAGACUGAUCCCGAAAUUGCGAUAGAGACUGAGAAGAAGGAGAUUGUGAGGGAAACAAAGGCGAUGAAGACUUCAGAAAAACCAAGGAAUAGUCUUCAGAAAAAUUCUCAGUCAGUGUCUAAGAGUCUCUUUGAUAGCGAUGAUGAGGAUGAUAGUGAUAUAUUUUCCACGAAAAAGCCCAAAAACAUAUCAAAAUCUACGAGUGAACCAACAAAAAUUGCACCAAAGUCAACAUCUCUAUUCGGUGACUCGGAUGAUGAUGAUGAUGAUCUCUUUGGGACAUCAAGUAAGACUAAUAAUGUAAAGAUCACAGCACCGAUCACCAAAGUGGACAAGAAAAUUGUGAAAAAAUCUGCAGCUGGGGCUGAUCCUCUUGCCGAUCUCUUCUAAUUAUCAAGUAAGUCGCGAUUGACCCAAAAAACAUUUUGUGCUCUUCGAUAUACCACGGCAAAAGUAUCUCAAAUUGACUGAAUAUAAUCGAAUAAGAUCAUACUGAUGGGUAUCACUUAAGCGAUAACUUUAAAAAGUACCGUCAUAAUGUGCCUCUUGAGUCAAUAAAAAAGUCACAAUUAUCGCACUGGUGCAAAGUAAUAUGUGAAACUGUGUUGCAAUGGACAAAUAUUUGUCCUUCUACGCAGUGUAUAUAUAUAUAAUUUUGAUAUUUAUGUCGUGGUCGAUUGAGAAGAUUAAAUGCGAUGAAAUUGAACAACA